CGUCGAUCGUAACUAAUCAGAAAGAUAGUACCUUUCCUUUCGACUUACAAGUCGACGUUUUCACGCUUGGCUCAGUUAGUACUCGAUCGGAUUUAAGCGUUAAAGGACGUGCUCCACGAUGAGAAAUCUAUUACGUUACACCAUUCUGAUUGCACUUGUUGCAUUCGGAACAUCAAGUGUGGUUCCCCUAAGGCGGCAAGUAAGAAAUGUUGGAGGCGGAAGUAGUAGUGGAUCGACGGCCGGAUCACAAUCUUCCAGUGGCGGUGCUGGCGGACACAGCGGAAGUUCGGCCAAUGCUGGAUCACAAUCGUUCGGUUUUAUGCCACAUGGAUUCCCGCAGCAGGGACAGCAGUUCGGUCACAUGCCACAGUUCAACUUUGGCCAGCUGCCUCAGUUUGGACAGUUCCCGGCCGGAGGAUUCGUAGGCAGUGGAAGCAGUUCCUCGUCUAGUUCGUUCUCUCAGAGUGGUCACGGUGAAUCGAAAUCUGGCUCUGAGGCUGGUUCACAAUCUUUCUCCGGCGGCCACGGAGGACACAGCGGUUCGGGAUCUAGCGCUGGCUCGCAGUCCUUCUCCGCAGACGGUCAUCACGGAGGCCAUGGAGGCAGUCAAUCAGGUUCCCAGGCUGGAUCCCAAUCGUUCACUGGUGGCCAGGAACAUGGUAGUCAUGGAGCAGUGGGUUCUUCUAGCGGUGCUGGAUCUCAAUCCGAAUCUUCCGGAGGACACGGAGGUCACGGAGGUGGAUCGUCGAGUGGCUCCCAAGCGGGUUCUCAAUCUUCGACCCAGGGUGGACACCAUGGAGGUCACGGAGGUGGAUCGUCAAGUGGCGCUCAGGCCGGUUCGCAGUCCACUAGUCAAGGUGGUCAUGGAGGUGGACAUGGAGGUGGUGGACAUGGUGGACACGGAGCCGCUCCUCACGGUUCCCAGGGACCUCACAAAACGGAAUACAGCCAACAGGGUGACGGUUUCGGAGUUCGCGUCAGCACUGAUGAAUCGUCCGACGGUAACACAAAGAAGACUGAAUCUGAGGCUUGGGUUUGGCAAAACUAACCAAAUGAGUAAUAAAAUUCACCAGAAAUAAUUCCUGUACAAAUGACAAGAA